AUGGUAAAUACUUGUGUUCUUUGGGGCUGUACAAGGCGUUCCAAGCCUGGAGAUACCGCUGUGAAGUUUUAUGACAUUCCAAAGGUCAUUAAACACUUGGGCGACGAAACAGAAGAACUUAUAAUCGAACGACGUAGAUUGUGGCUGGCUCGCAUCAACAGAGCAGAUUUUAACCCCGAUCCUACGAAGCGGCAUAACAAAGUGUGCUCGGAUCAUUUCAUUACUGCACAUCUCGGACCAACAGAAUCCACUGGACCAGAAUCUUCCAAGAAGAGAUAUGACAGGAUGCAGGCCAGAAAUGUAAAGAAGAUAAAGUUUCGAGCAGCAGAGGGUCUUCUGAAGUUACAGGAGUCCAGUGAUAAUGAGACCGUAGAAGAGACUGAGGCAACUUCUGCAGACAGUAAGCCAAAGUGCACAUUUCUUCUUGGAGGAGAAUUGGGAUGUACGAGGGAAGACGAAGAAACUGAAGACCAGCAAGAGAUAAAAAGAUUGAAGAAGGAAAACCUGACUUUGAAAGAAAAACUGUGUGCUGGUACUGGUGAUGUCUGUCCAGAGACAUUUCAAGAUGAUGAAAAGGUGAAGCAUUAUACUGGGCUCUGCUAUGCUACACUUAUGGCUUUGUAUACUUUCCUGGAACCACACAUUACCUAUACAUCAAGGAGCACCCUCACAAAAUUCCAAAAACUUGUCCUCACAUUGAUGAAACUCAGACACAAUUUUGGCAUUCAGGACUUGGGAUACAGAUUUAAAGUGACUCCUAGUUGUGUGUCUAAAGUAUUCUUGGACAUGAUACAUAUUAUGUAUGUAAGGAUGAAAUGUUUCAUAUAUUGGCCAGAGAGGGAGGAGCUACAGAUGUCCAUGCCUAUGGAAUUUCGGAAGUAUUCUGGUGUAAAGGUUUCAAUAAUUACUAGUAUUAACUGUUUUGAAGUGUUUAUAGAGAGACCGUCCAAUCUUCUUGCAAGGGCAGAAACCUGGAGCAACUAUAAACACCACAACACAGUGAAGUACCUGAUUGGUAUAACGCCACAGGGAGCCAUUUCAUCCCUGUCUAGUGGAUAUGGAGGACGAGUGCCUGACAAACAUGUGACCAAGGACUGUGGACUUUUAGGCAAACUGUUGCCAGGGGACAUCAUACUGGCUGAUAGAGGAUUUAACAUCUCAGAGAGUGUAGGUUUGUGUUGUGGAGAAUUAAAGAUACCUGCCUUCACCAGAGGAAAACAGCAGUUAUCCCCUUUGGAGUUGGAGUCAACAAGAAAAAAUACAUGUGGAACGAGUCAUUGGACUUGUGAGGAACAAAUACACCAUCCUUCAAAGCAUCAUUCCCAUUGA